AUGGUGCUCCUCAUCGACAAGCCGAAGGGCUGGACGUCCUUCGACGUCGUCGGCAAGACCCGGUGGCUGUCGCGGCGGAUGGGGAGCAAAAAAGUCGGGCACUGCGGGACGCUCGACCCAAACGCCACCGGCUUGCUCAUCCUCUGCGUCGGUAAAGCCACGAAGAUGGUGGACUCGUUCACGGGGAUGGACAAGGUGUACACCGGGACGAUGAAGCUGGGGGAGGGGACGCCGUCGCAGGACUGCUGCGAGGAGGUGGACGAGCGUCUGCCGUGGGAGCACGUGAGCGACGCCGACUUGGCGGCGGGCGCCAAAGCCAUGGAAGGGGACAUCAAGCAGAUACCCCCGAUGUUCAGCGCGAUCAAGGUGAAGGGCGAGCGGUUGUACAAGGCGGCGCGCAGGGGCGAGACCGUGGAGCGCAAGGAGCGCGCGUGCACCAUCAACAGCUUCGAGGUGUGGAGGGACAAAGUCGACUCGCAACUGGCGCACUUUCGCGUGGACUGCAGCAAGGGCACGUACGUGCGGACGCUGGCGCACGACCUGGGACGAAACCUGGGCACCGUCGCGCAUCUCACCGAGCUGAGACGGGAGAGCAUAGGGGAACACAGCGUGGAGGACGCGUGGACGGUGGAGUCGCUGUUCGAGGCGUGCGAGCCGCAGGUGAACGCGUUUGUCGCCUCGAAACAAAUGUAA